AUGGACGAGGAGAAAUGCAUACAUGGUCUCCAUGACAUCCACAUACUGUCUUUAUCAUCAUCACCUAUUACCAUCACUAUGUACAUCACGACAGAAUACACACAUUUUUACAACAAGACUCGUCUUGAUAACGCCGUUCAGUCCGCUGCGGCCGUGUGCGUUGAGAAUCUUUCCAAGUGGGCUGAAGCCAUUGAAGAGAUCAGGACGUGGCCUGAAUAUGAGCCGCAGCCCUUGCACUCGCUACCCCAUCAGGCGAAGAAACUUGGCAUUAACAAGUUGUUCUUCAAAGAUGAAAGCAAGCGCUUUGGUACAUCGCUUGGAUCCUUCAAAGCCCUUGGAGCUCCGUAUGCAGUGUUCAAGAUUUUGGCCGACCAGGUCUUCUCGGAGACUGGCAGCAGGCCAACAUCAGCAGAGCUCCGAACUGGAAAGUACAUGGAUAUCACGCAAAGGGUGACUGUUUGCGUCGCUACAGAUGGAAAUCAAGGUCGAGGGCUGGCCUAUGGUGCCAAGAUUUUUGGUUGCCGCUGUGUCGACUACAUCCACAACCAUGUCAGUGAGGGGCGCGCGCAAAUGAUGAAGGAGUUGGGCGCUAUUGUUAUUCGUAUUGAUGGUGAAUACGAAGCCUCUGUCGAAAGAGCCAAGGAGGACGCUCGAAUGAAUGGAUGGCAUUUUGUCAGCAGUACCUCAUGGAGCGAUUUCGACAAUGGUAUCCCUCAGAACGUGAUGAAUGCCUACAUGGUUGUUGUGGAAGAGGCCCUCCAGAUGGUGCCUGCCGUGGAGGAAAUCACACAUGUCUUCGUCUGCGGGGGUGUUGGCAGUAUCGCCGCAGCUGUGUUUCUGGGAUUCUUCACUCGCUACGCCCAAAUUCAAGAGUCGCGUGGAGCGAAGCCACUGAGUCCUCCUAGAUUCAUCGUGGUUGAGCCUAAAGAGGCAGAUUGCUUGUUCCAAAGUGCAAAGAAAGGCGAGAUGUGUCUGUCCGAGGGUAGUCUUCGUACUCUGAUGGCCGGUCUGGCUUGCCGCGGCCCCUCGCCAGCCGCAUGGAAGAUUCUGUCAUGGCUUACUAGCGACUUUGUGGCCGUUCCAGAUGAAGUUGCAGUUGAAGGGAUGAAGGCUUUAGCGAGUGGGAGUGGAGGUGAUAUUCCUGUUGUUUGUGGCGAAAGUUCGGCCGCCAACAUGGGUGUUAUCCUCCAGGCUGCCAACGAUCAAAUAUUCGGUGAUAAAUUAGGGCUAAACAGCAACAGUCAGGUGGUUUUAUUUGGACUUGAAGGAGCAACAGACCCUGCCAUUUAUGAGAAAUUAGUUGGUAAGACUCCCCAGGAGGUGUUUGAAGCACAGCAAAAGGUCUCCAAACUCUAG